AUCAUCAUUUUUCACAUUGGAACCGUGGAAGGUGAAAAGUGAAUUUAAAUGUUGGAAAAUUUUGUGAACCGCUAACAUGCUGUUGAAAGUGUCACAAAGUUUCAUGGUAGUUGCCAUUAGGAAGAGUGCAAUGCAAAGGCAGACUGUGUCUUUCUUGAGUAGACGCAGUUUUUCGUCUCAAAAGAUUUUUAAUCCUAAUAUAACACGCAAAUCAAUUGUUACACCGUUUCCUCCACUGACCGAACCUAUUCCUAACUUACCUAAGGCAGUUUAUGCUACUACAAAAGAGGAACAUCAAAUCACUAAAGUCACAACUUUGUCCAAUGGUCUGAGAGUUGCUUCUGAAAAUCGGUUUGGCCAGUUUUGCACAGUUGGUGUAUUACUUGAGUCUGGCCCUAGAUAUGAAGUUGCAUUUCCUAGCGGUAUCUCUCAUUUUUUAGAAAAAUUAGCAUUUGGAUCAACAAAAACAUAUGAAAGUAAGGAUCAAAUAAUGCUGGCAAUGGAAAAACAUGGUGGAAUAUGCGAUUGUCAAGCAUCUAGGGAUACACUUGUAUAUGCUGCUUCAGCAGAACGUCAAGGACUGGAUACAGUUGUAGAAAUACUAGGCGAUGUCGCUUUGAGACCGAACAUAACACAGGAAGAAUUAACCACUGCAAAAAAAAUGAUCCGAUUUGAACUGGAAUCUUUACUAACAAGGCCAGAACAAGAACCGAUACUUAUGGAUAUGAUCCAUGCAGCUGCAUAUAGAAACAACACACUUGGUCUUCCAAAAAUAUGCCCAGAAGAAAACAUUGACCAUAUAGAUAGGAAGGUAUUGUUUGAGUAUUUGAAACACCAUUUCACACCAAACAGAAUGGUUGUAGCUGGAGUAGGUGUGGAACAUGAACAUCUUGUUUCAGCAGUUCAAAAACAUUUCGUUGAAAAACAAACUAUUUGGGAAGAAGAAGAAAGGAAAAAGGAGAGUAACUUGAUAUCUUCGGAAAAAGAAAGGCUAUUAAUUGCAGUUGAUGCGUCUAUUGCUCAAUAUACCGGAGGCUACAUACUAGAGGAAUGUAACGUACCCGUAUACGCAGGACCAAGCGGUUUACCAGAAUUGUCCCACGUAGUAAUAGGCUUGGAAGGUUGUUCUCAUCAGGAUCCCGAUUUUGUAGCGAUGUGCGUUUUAAAUAUGAUGAUGGGUGGAGGUGGCAGCUUUAGCGCCGGUGGACCAGGCAAGGGCAUGUACACUCGUUUGUAUACAAACGUGCUCAACAGAUAUCAUUGGUUAUACAGUGCAACUGCAUACAAUCAUGCAUACAGUGACACAGGACUUUUUUGUAUUCAUGCAUCUUGUACACCGUCUCACGUCAAGGAAAUGGUCGAAGUGAUUGUGCACGAAAUGGUCGCUAUGAUUAGUAAUAUUACAGACAGCGAGCUCGAAAGAGCGAAAAAGCAACUACAGUCUAUGUUGCUCAUGAAUCUAGAACAAAGACCCGUUGUCUUUGAAGAUAUUGGCAGACAAGUUUUAGCCACUGGAUCUAGAAAACGACCGGAGUAUUUUAUACAAGCAAUCGAUGGAAUAUCAAAAGACGACAUAAGUAAUAUAGCACGACGUCUACUCAAAUCACCUCCUAGUGUAGCAGCUCGAGGAGAAGUGAGAACAGUUCCUUCUAUCGGAGAUAUUCAGACUGGAUUGACUGAUGAGCAAGGACGAUUACCCGGUUCUCGUAACAGACUGUCACUUUUUCGUUAGAAAAUAAUUUCUCUGAGAUUCAUAUGUUUCUGCUAGGUGAUUAUUUGAAAAUACUGUGUGAAUGAUGCUCGAAGUAUGCUUCUUUAUAUUGAAAUACAAACUAAAGUACAGUUCACCUAAUUAUCAAAACUGAAAGUUUCAUAAGUUUGACUUGUCCAACAUAAAAAUUAUAAUUUAUUUGUGUUGUGCACUUUAUUUGUGAAUUCAACCCUGUUGUUAACGUAGCAGGAACAUUACGUGUAUAUACUAUUUAGACGAUGUAUCGUGUGUAUUAUAAUACAUGAUUGUAAGAUCGAUGAACGAUGUACUACAAAGUGAAAUAUAUGCGGAGCGAAUUCGUAAGUAAGAAUAAACAACUUUACAGUUUUCAAUACAGUUUCAUGCCCAAAGCGGUCACGUUUACAAUUGUUUAAUGAAGAGGUUUUUAAAUAAAACGAACUUCAGAAUUAACGAUUACUGUAAUAAAAAUAAAAAAAUUUUCAUCCGACAUUCUUUAUUUGUGUUCGAUUUUCAUUGUAUGCGUUUUGUUUUCACGCAUGAAAUAAAUAUGCGUGGUGGAAUUGAUCGACAUUGAAGUUAAGCUUCAGUUUCUUCCAAUGUUUU